AUGAUUCCCCAAUGGCUAAGAUCACCAAGCAGGGCAGCAACAACAAACCCCACAAAAUCACCUUCCCAUUUCUCUUUCUCUUCAUUCAAAGACAUUGAUGCUAUCCUCAAAGAAGAAGAAGAACAACAAGUCCUCUAUCCUCAAUCCCCUAAAAGACCCUCCAUUUUCCACCGUGUCAAGCUCUCCACCACCGUCUUACGCGCCUGGUCCUCUUCCAACCGCCGUCCACUUACACUCCCCAACGCUGACCAACGCGUCGUCGUUUACCUCACCAGCCUCCGUGUCGUUCGAAAAACCUUUGAAGAUUGCAAGACCGUUCGAUCAAUCCUUAGAGGAUUCAAUGUUCCCAUCGACGAACGAGAUGUGUCAUUGGAUUCUAGUUUCUUAGACGAGUUACAAGGGAUCAUUGGGCGUAACAAAAGUUUCACCCUUCCCUUGGUUUUCAUCGGCGGAACGUAUAUCGGCGGAGCAGAGGAAGUGAAACGAUUACAUGAAUGUGGUGAACUGAAGAAGAUGAUCGGUGGGUUACCGUCGGUGGUUGGGUCAAGUGUGUGUAAUUUAUGUGAAGGGCUGAGAUUUAUUCUUUGUCCACAAUGCAAUGGUAGCCAUAAGAUCUACUCUGAAAAAACUGGGUUCCGAAGUUGUGCCGAUUGCAACACCAAUGGUCUGGUUAGGUGCCCGUCUUGUAAUCCCUCCGGUCACCGGCGAAUUAGCUAUCCUUUUUCGUAG